UUCAACCGAUAAGUUUUUAUCGGCAGCAUGAACAUUAUUUGUUGCUGCACAACAAGCCGAAAUUUCCAGUAAGCCCACUAAGAUCAAUUGGCAACAGGAUGGCAGACAACGCCAACAGCGAUGACGAGUUCCAGGAUGCAAUCGGCGAGGAGAUCACCGAGAAGGAAGCCACCAGCACGCGACUGAGCGAGAAGGAUGUGGACGAGAUCGUGGAGAAGCAAAGCCAGCUGGCUUUGGAUGACGAAGCGGAACAGGGUGCGGCUGGAGGGGAUUGCGUGGUGACACCACCUAUCGUGGACUCCGAGCUGUCGAUCGAGGAGCUGCGCGAACGGGAAAAGGAUCUCAGCCCCGAGCAGCUGGCGGCGAAUAAGGAAAAAGCCGACAAACUGAAACUAGAAGGCAACGAGCUUUUCAAGAAUGAUGAUGCCGAUGGAGCUGCCAAGAGCUACACGGAAGCUCUGGACAUUUGCCCCUCGGACAGCACUAAGGAGCGAGCAGUGCUCUACGGAAACAGGGCUGCUGCCAAAAUAAAGUUGGAGGCCAACAAAGCGGCCAUCGACGACUGCACAAAGGCCAUCGAACUGUGGCCGGAGUACGUGAGAGUGCUCCUGAGACGCGCUAAGCUCUACGAGCAGGACGAUAAACCCGACGAGGCUCUGGAAGACUACAAGAAAGUGCUGGAGAUCGAUCCAGGACAGCAAGACGCUCGAGAAGCUCAGAUUCGCCUGCCGCCUAUUAUUAACGAGCGCAACGAGAAGCUUAAGAACGAGAUGAUGUCUAGUUUAAAGGAUCUGGGCAAUAUGAUACUCAAACCUUUUGGCCUGUCCACGCAGAAUUUCCAAAUGCAACAGGAUCCGAGCACGGGAUCAUAUUCCAUAAAUUUUAACCAAAAACCAAGCUAGUUGAAUGUUGUACCGAAAAAAAAUAAACAAGGUUAAUGUGAGAUACAAGA